AUGCACUACAUCCGCUUCCUUCGGGCCCCAAAGGUCUUGAAGAAUCGCCGCGGACCCUUGGUCCAGCUGCUCUUCACAAUCACCACUGAUCUUGGAGACUCGUUCCUCUACCCGGAGAGGUUUCUCGACCUUCAGGUCGUCGCCGUCGCUGCCUCGCCUGAGGGUAGCUCGACAUGGCUCCUCUCGGACCCUGGCCACUUGGACUGGGAGCCCGGCAUGCGCGUUGCGAAGCCGGCUCUCGAAUUGCCUGUUGCUCUUGAGAGAGCUCUUGAGACGGGCAUGAGGGUUCACAUCUGCGUCAGGGCAGCAGAGCCCAUUCACACCGCUGAAAGUGCCCCACGAGUUCUGGCGCUGGCUGCUGAGAAGAUGCGGUAUCGAAAAGAAGCUGCCGCCAAGGGCGCCGUCAUGCCAGCUUGGGUUCCCUUGAUGGCUACCGAGCCUGGCUCAGAAGUGUCUAUCCGACGACUUCAACUGGGCGACUCACCCGACGGCCUGGGUACCAUCGAACUCGAGGAAGAGAUUGGAGAGAGCAUCGCUCGCCACGUCUGGGAUGCCGGCGUGGUGGCGACGUCGGCGAUCGUGGGCAUUGAGACGGCUCCCGAUAGCGAGUCCAGCAACGACCCCUGCAUGAGGACUCUCAAGAACAUCUUUAGCCGCCAAAGGACGAUCCGCGUGCUGGAAUUGGGCUGCGGCGUCGGCAUCUUGAGUGUCGGACUGGCUGCCGUGUACCCCCAGCUUCACGCCCCUUCGCCGGGAGACUGCACCAUCCUCAUGACGGAUCUCCCCGAGGCCGAGGAGCGGGCCAGGUCCAACAUGAAGAGGGUGGAAAACUCGCACGUCCGGUUCCAGGAGAAGCCUGUCCGAAUGAUGUACGAGAAUUUGGACUGGGAGGAGGGCAGACAGGGCCGCUUUGGCCCCCAAGCUCGAUCGCAGCCUUGGGACUUGGUGAUGCUGAGCGACUGCACUUACAAUGUCGACAUGCUCCCUGCUCUGGUGGAGACACUCUCAGCCAUUCACGCCAACAACCUCACCCACUUCCCCGAGGGGGAGCCCUUUACCACAAAGGUCUUUUUGGCCACCAAGCCACGUCACGAGUCGGAGGAGGUCCUGUUUGAGCUGAUGGACAAGGACGGCUGGUACAACGUUCACAGACAAGUGAUGCCACUGCCUGUGCUUGGAGGUGCGCCUCAAUCUGUCGAGCUUUACCUAUUUGACAAGUCUGGCCUGAGCGAGGACAGGGACCAACGGAGGGGAGAGAAGGAGAGGGAGAGGGAUUAG